CAGUGUGUUUACCCCCCCGUAUUUCUCGUCGGGCAUCGGUGUGGAAUCAGUUGUUCCUGGGAGAAGUGUCUUGUGUUGAGUUUGACAAAUAUCUACUGACAGAGAUACCUCAAUUCAUCGAUAUAUCGACACCCAAUCAGGUGGAGAAGGAAUGACAGGGAUAUUGGAGAAGAAGCCACGACUGCAGAGUGAUGAAGACAUCCAGAUAACGGUGAAAAAUUUGGUUACUCCGAAGGCAAUUGUUGGAAAAGAAUUCCUGGAUGAUGUAGCUCUACGCGAGGCAUUCAUCGGUGUCUUGAAGCACAAAAAGGACAUUGCUGUUGCAUUGAAAGCAAUAACGAGUAUUUUGCCAGGAUGUGGCCACCUGAAACGAUGCUCAGGCAGUCGAUUGUUUCUGGCAUUGGUGAAGACCCCGGAGAAUCCGGGGAAACCAUCGGACUCGUCGUUCGCCUCGGCCGAUGAACUCAAGACAUUUCUCAUCGCCAAAAAUGUCAAUUUAAAUCUCUUCAGGGAGAAUUUCGAGAUCGUCAAAGUCCCGGAGAGAUCACCGCGUACUAGAGCCCAAUUUACGAAGACAUCACAAGCCUGGCCAGUGAAUUUCCAUCCUGAUGCAUUGAUUGAGGUCACUAUAAAUGGAAAUUUUUUCCACUCCAAACAACUCGAAGUUAUAGAAUCUUGUAUGAGAGUGUGCAUUGCAGCUGCCAAGAAAACAGCUAUUGGAAAUAACCAUUGCAAUGGUUCAGCGGUAAUUUUGGAUCCUGAUGACGAGGGAAUCAGUAGAAUAUUGGCGGUGAGCACUGCCCGAGUCAAUGAGCAUCCGAUGUGGCAUGCUGCGAUGCUAGUUGUGGACCUGGUGGCUAGAAUUAGAGGUGGAGGAGCUUGGAAUCUCUCAAACGAAGUCACGCCUGAAGAGGGAGGAGCCGAUAGGAAGCGGGAAUUUUUGUCUGACUGCCCUAUGGUCUACCCUGAAUCACUGAAAUCCAUUAGUAUUCCUCAAUUCAGCCAUUCGGUCGCUCCACAAUCAAAGGAGAAGUCGUCAGAAGACGAGAAGAAGUGCCCUUAUUUGUGCACAAAUUACUGGAUUUUCCUUCUGAAGGAGCCCUGCCCUCUCUGUGCAAUGGCCCUCCUUCAUUCGAGAGUAUCAAUGAUAUUUUAUGGUGACUCGAACAAUUCCUGUGGUGUUCUGGGUUCCAAUGCUCUGAUGCAUACUCUCCCGGGUCUAAAUCAUCGGUACAAAGUGUGGUCAAGUGUACUUGAGGCUGAAUGCAAAAGUGCAGCCGAGUGCCUAAGUGUGAUUGAACAUUAGCAUUAUUUAACUGGUAUAUCUAGUAAUAAAUGGGAUCAAUGAAUGAAAAUCAUACCGAUUAUCUCAUGAGUGAGUCUAUUCAAUGUCAACGAAAAUUACAUUUGCUCCAUUUGAAUGUCGACUCACGUCACCUAGCAAUUACCAUCAUCACACAAAUACCGUGAUUAACAAAAUAGGCUGGACAGAUUGAAACUGAAGUACAAAAGAUACAAAUUCCCCCUGGCUAACUCCCAUUUCCAUGAUUUUCAUCUCCUAAAGAUUGAGAUGUAACUCUAUCACGUUAUCCAUUACAUUCGUAAUUUGUACAAUAUCCCGGUGCAAAUGACAAUGAUCAGAGGUGACAUUGAGGUUUUGCACUUGGUGUUUAGAGGAUAACUGUGCUCAUGUUAACCGCGCGUGGCAGAGAUCUUUAAAAUUGUUAUUGGCAUUCAAGCGAUGAGCGUACGUAAUCGACCCCAAGUGAUUGACAUCAAUUGUCAGAGACAGUGAAUUUUUACGCAUGGGGAUUUGCUACUGCUCUAUACGCAAUAUAAUAUUUAAGAACUGAAAUUCGUGGAUACGCAUGUAACUGAUAGUUAAUGAAAUAAUUUUGUAUUUGAAUAAAGUAAUUGCAUUCUAACUGCAAAAAAGUACAA